AUGGGUUCUACAGCACCAGCUGAGCGAAAGGUUGUGGUCAUCACAGGAUCGACAUCUGGCAUUGGGAAAGAGCUGGCAGAGCGCCUUCAUCCCAAAGGGUACAAUAUCGUCGUGUCAGGAAGACGCUCAGAGCUAGGCCAAGCCGUUGCAAAUGAGCUAGAUCCGACUGGAGAAACAGUCAUAUUCGUUCAAUGCGACGUCGCGUCGCACGCCUCCCAGGCAAACCUCUUGAAGACAACCUGGGACAAAUGGAAACGCCUAGACGUCUUCAUAGCCAAUGCCGGCAUCGUCGACCAGACCUCCCGUUACAACCUCAGCCGCAAGGACGCCCCAAUCGAGGACGUCCCGCCGGAGCCGGAACUCAAACUCACAGACAUCGACUUCAAGGGCGUCGUCUACGGGACAGAGCUGGCUGUUCACUACAUGCGGCACAAUCCCCCUCACGCCAGAGGAGGCAAGAUCAUGAUCACCGGCAGCAUAGCGGCCAUCUACCCAGUGCCAAUUAUCCCUGAGUACAGCGCUGUGAAGGCGGCAGCACUGCAGUGGGCGCGAGUGAUGGCGCCGAUGUUGGCACAAGAAGGCAUCACGAUCAAUAACAUUCUGCCCAACGGCUACGAUACAGACAUUAUGCCAGGCUUCCAGGAAGCGUUUCUGGAGGAGCAUCUGACCGACAAGGAAUGUCUCAUGAAGGCGUACGAUGUUUUCUUGGAUGAUGUUGCGAAUGAAAAGACAGGGCAGACGAUCGAGACAGCAUACAAGUCUCACUACUACCAUGAUAUCCCACCGCACAAGAGCGGCAACGUGAUUGCAAGAUCUGAAAGGGUCUACGAGCCUUGGUUCGAGCUGAUUCACGGGGCUAGAAGUGGGUUGCCGACCGCUAUAAAGGAGCCGUUGAGGAAGCCUGCCGAGUGA